GUGAAAGCGUUUCCUCAGAUUCAAGCAACCCACGCGCCCCCUUAUUACUUUCCCCAUAAUCCACCGCUUCCGUUCGUCAAUCCAUUUCCCACUUUAUACACAUAGAUAGAUAGAUAGAUAUCCAAACAGCUUUCAUCUUUCCCUCACGCCACCGUUUCAUUCCAAAACCCUAAUCCCCCAAAAUUCAAUCCAUAUUUCCUUUAUUCAAUCAACUGAUUCAUCACAUCAGAUCGAUUUCUAUUGAAAAACAAAUAUGUCUGCUGCGAUUGUGUGUGGGAAAAGAUCCUUCUUUGAUGACACCUCACCCACCUCCUCUUCUCCUGUUUCCAAGAAGCUUCGUUGUUCUCCGGUCCGGCGACCCGCCGUCGAUCACCUUCGUUCUCUCUUCCCUAAUUUGGAUAAACAGGUUCUGGAAAAAGCGUUAGACGAUAACGGAAAUGAUUUAGAUUUCGCUAUCAAGAGUCUUAAACAACUAUGCUUUACAAAUGUCGAUGGGAAUUCUGGUUCUGUCACGUUCUCCAAUGCAGCAACCAGUGAAGAAGACGCAACUUUGAAGAAUUCAUCAGCUCAUGCCAACUCUCCAAGAAGUGGUGCACAAUGGGUUGAUUUGUUUGUCGCAGAGAUCAUGAGUGCUACCAGUGUUGAUGAUGCCAGAUCACGUGCAAUGAGAAUGCUCGAGGAGUUGGAGAAAUCCAUAAGAGUGACUUCUGGCGCUGACGCUGUGCAAAGCCUUCAUAAGGAAUAUGUGGCGCUGAAGGAACAAACUGAGGUUUUUCAACGAGAGAAUACAAUACUAAAACGUGCCGUGGCUAUCCAGCAUGAACGCCAAAAAGAUUACGAUGAUAGCACACGAGAGGUGCAACACUUAAAGCAGUUAGUAUCAAUGUAUCAAGAACAGCUGAGGACUCUUGAGGUGAACAACUAUGCAUUGACAAUGCAUUUAAAGCAAGCUCAAGAAAGCAGCUCAAUGCCUGGACGAUUUCACCCAGAUGUCUUCUAAUAUAAUAGAGUAAUAGACAAUGGUAGGUAGCCAGAUGAGCUAGGCGACAAGUAGCAGCAUACGAAUUACACGAAGUACAGUAUCUACUGGAUACAAUAUUUGAUUGUUGUAAUGCUACAUUGGCUCAAUGUAUAGCCAUGUAGAUUGAAAGUUUUUUUUUUUCAUUUAUUUGUUUUUAAAAUAUUGAUUGAUAAUGUAGAGGACAAGACCUCGGUUUAAUAUCUAAUUUGAGUCUACGUCCGGGUUUGUAUUUGUUGAA